AUGUUACCACAAAUAUCUAAAAUCAAAAUAAUAAUAAAACUACUUGUUUUUACAUUUCAUUAAAAAAAUUAGCUACAAAUUCCAUUUUUAGGUAUUUCUCUUGCACUAUAAUUGAGAAAAAACCUAAACACACGAAUAUGUCAUAAAACAUUAAACUGUUUAAAUUGAAUUGACGUAAUAGAGUCUUAUCUAUAGGACAAUAAUAAUACUAUUUUGUUAAAAGUUGUUGGAACUGCCUUUUUGCAUGUGUAUAUUUCUUUUCCAACACUGAACAGCUAAAAUGACUUCGUUAUUUGAUCAAUUGGAACAAGUGUCCUUAAGGACUAAAAACAAUAACAUUAGAUCUGCUGAUUUGGCUAAUUUGGGGUAUAUAAAUAUGUCCCUCCAGCAUGACAUUCCUAUAUUUACCAAGUCAAAGAAGGAUUUUACUCCAUCUGAUAAAAUCACUCAUGUGGCCAUAGCUAACAAAUAUAUGGUAGUAGCUAUGGCAAAUAACUUUUUGUUUAGAAUGAACUUAAAUAAUCCUACAGAAAGAAGUGAAAUUCUGCUGUCAAAAUUUACCCAAGGCAAGUUAACUAAUCUAUUCUUGGAUCCAACUGGAAACCAUUUACUAUUAACUUUAAAUAAAGCUAAUGAAAGUUCAGAGCUUAUGUAUUUAUCUAGAAAGUCUGAUAAAAUUAAGUCCAGUACUAAAUUUAGAGGUAAUGAAUUUACAGCAGUUGCGUGGUGCAACAUGAAUGAAUCAGCAAACACUACUGGCCCCAUUUUAUUGGGCACAUCAAAAGGACUAAUAUAUGAAACAGAGAUUGCACAGGAUGAGGAAAAAUUCUUUUCACCAAGCUUGGAGCAAUAUUGGAGGCAGCUGCCAAAUUAUUUGCCCCUGUACGGUAAUAAGGAUGCAGAGGGCUUAGUAUUUGAUAUAGGUAAAAAUGCCAACAAUCCAAUCACAGGCUUAGAGUAUUUUCAAAUUACAAAAAAAUACAUAAUUUUUGCUGCAACCCCAUCAAGACUGUAUUUUUUCUCUGGAAACGUUGAACAUGAAGAAAAGCCUGUUUUACAACAAGUUUUUAUCAAGUAUUUAAACGUCCCUGAAACUGAUACUUACAUAUCCACAGAAUGUGUAAGAUUAAAUUAUUCCAGACUUCAAUUCUGGUCUGAAAAUCUGAUGACACCAAAUACUUUUGUUUGGACAACUGAAAAAGAAAUUCUAUUUGGCAAAAUAGACCCAGAAAAAGAUGAUAAAAUGGCAAUGUUAAAAGAAAAAAUCACCCACCUGGAGUACCCCAAACCUCAAUAUGAAGAUUACUCUCAGUCACCCAAAUUUCCAAUAGCCAUUGCUAUGACAGAAUUUCAUAUUUUAUUGGCUUAUACGGACAGUAUCAAGGGAAUGUGCUUGCUGAAUAAAGAGGUUGUUUAUGAAGAUCAAUACAAUGAAGCUUUUGGCAAGUUAGUCAGCGUUAUAAGAGAUGUUAGAACAGGAGAUAUUUGGGCUAUAUCAGAAAGUGCAAUGUUUCGAUUCAAGGUGCAUCGAGAAGAACGCAACAUUUGGCAAAUAUUCUGUAACAAUAAUGAAUUCGAAUUAGCGAAAAAAUAUUCUAGAGGGAACGAAGCCUGUUAUAACCAAGUUUUAAUAAAAGAAGCGAAUAUGCUUUUUGAGCAAAAACAAUAUGCUUUAAGUGCUCAACGAUAUGCAGAAACUCAGUCUUCUUUUGAAGAAAUAUGUUUGAAAUUCAUUGAAGUCAACCAGCCAGAUGCUUUGAGGAUAUUUUUGAAGGACAAACUAAGUACCUUAACGCCGCAAGACAAAACUCAAAUAACCAUGUUAGUAAUUUGGGUAGUAGAACUGUAUCUAACCAAACUGGAAGAUAUUAGGCAUCAGGGCCUGGAAAAAUCAGCUUCCUAUAAUGAUGUUCAAAAGGAGUUUGAGACUUUUAUGACAUUACCAAUGGUUACAGAAUGUAUUAGAAAUAAUAAGUCUACUAUUUAUGAACUAAUGCAGAGCCAUGGAGAUAAAAACAAUUUGAUUAAAUUAACCAUAGUCAAUAAAGAUUUUGAAAGGCUCAUUCGUCACCAUAUAUUUAAAAACAAUUUCCGAGAAGCCCUCGAAGUUCUUAAAAGUCAAAAUAACCUAGAAUUGUAUUACCAAUGUGCACCGGUUUUGAUGCAAGAGGUGCCAAAACAUAUGGUGAAAACCUUAAUAGAACAGGGUAAAAAAUUAGUUCCUUUAAGGUUGUUGCCUGCCUUAGUGUCUUGCGAUGGCGAGCUGCACUCACUGGAAGUCAUUAAAUACUUAGAGUUUUGCAUCACCAAAUUAAAAAACACAGACAGAGCUAUUCACAACUUUUUACUAUCUCUUUAUGCCAAAUAUGAUCCUGAAAAACUUAUGGACUAUUUGAGUUCUCAAGAGCAAGAGCUUGGAUCUAUAAACUACGAUGUGCAUUUCGCCCUUCGCCUUUGUACUGAGCUGAAUAGGACUGACGCUUGUGUACAGUUAUUUGGUCUAUUGGGGCUGUGGGAAUCAGCCGUAGAUUUGGCGUUACAAGUUAAUCUGAAUCUCGCGAAAUCGAUGGCUAAUCUUUCGCCAGAAAAUGAUUUGGAACUGCGGAAGAAGCUUUGGUUGAAAAUAGCUGAACAUGUUGUUAGCGAAAAGAAUGACAUUCAAGAAGCCAUCGACUUACUAGCUGAGCUAAAAUUAUUAGACGUACCAAUAAAAAUUGAAGAUAUAUUGCCGUUUUUCUCAGAUUUUGUUACUAUAGACCAUUUUAAAGAUGCUAUAUGUAAUUCUUUACGGGAAUAUAAUCAAAAAAUCCAAUCAAUUAAAGAAGAGAUGGAAGAAGCUACCAAAUCGGCAGAACAAGUACGAGAAGAAAUUCAGAAUUUUAGAAAUUGUUACACAUACAUAAAUAGUUCAGAUAAGUGCGAAGUUUGUGAGGUCACUCUUCUAGUCAAACCUUUUUACUUUUUUCCCUGUCAACAUAAAUUCCAUUCAGACUGUUUGUUAAAGGAAUUAGAACCUAAUCUAGGUCCCUUAAAAAAAAGUCGUUUAGCAGAACUAGAACGUCAAUUCCAAACACUUAGCUUGCAAAGUAACUCGGAUAGCAUUAGUACUGGAUCGUCUGGUAUGUCAGCAAGGGACCAAGUAAAAACAGAAAUAGACAAUAUAUUGGCUUCAGAAUGUCUUUAUUGCGGAGAAACUAUGAUAAGAAAUAUCGAUACACCCUUUAUAGAAGAAUUUGAAUUUGAUAGUAUUACUAGAGAGUGGCAGUAGAGAAAUAUUUCGGAUUAGGAUUAUUUUUAUUAUUACGCUUAUUAUUGUAUCCCAAAUAAAAUUAUUAAUUACUUUUUAAUAUAUUCCAUUAUUCAAAACA